AUGGUACAAAAUUAUGCGGAAAUAUUGGAAGAUGUUUUAACAAAAGAACAUGGCCUUGUCAAGUUUUUUGGAAAAAUAAAUUUUCCAUUUUCAGAAAAACAACAGGCAGAAAAGAUUUUAUUUGAAGCUUUGAAUAUUAUUGUAGCUGAGAAUGUUAAAACUCAUAAUGAUCAAUUGUUAUUAAAUGAAAAAAAGAAAGAUCAUGGUGAACAAGAUAAUAAUGCUAAUGAAGAAGAAGUUGUGGAAGAAAUGUGCAUGUCAGACUAUGAUGAGUUCACAGACAGAUACCAAAAAAUGGAUAAUGAUAAGAAAUGGGAAUUAACUACUGGAAAGAUAGUUGAAGACGGUCUCUAUGAAUUUUGGAUGAAGUGUAAAUACGAACAUCUAUCUCAUUCAUUCAUUGUUGAUCCUAAUGAUCAUAACUACAUUGUUGAGAAUGUAUUCACCUUGGAAGAACUGAAUGAAAUCAAGGAAUAUAAAUAUAAGAAACUCCCAGAUAUGCCAAUAGAUUUAUUGAAAUAUUUAAACAGUUUUCGCAAAUAUAAUACUCAAGAUCUUAGAAAACUUGUUCUUGAAACUCAAAGUUGGGAUAUGCCUUUCAAUCGUGAUACUCACUUUGAUUUUGACUGGAUCCGAAAUUCUAUCUAUAACCUGCUGAGAGAAUAUGAGGCUAAGAACCUUGAAAAGGGUCAUUUAGAAUUGUGGUAUUUAAUACAUAUAUGGUGUUUUAUUGAUAGAUGUUUUGAAAGCAUUGAUGGAGUAGAAGCUGUAAGGCAAGAAAAUAAGAAAAAAUAUGAAUCGAAAACUUUCUGCAAUUGUAUCAAUAAAGCGAAAGAUUAUGGAAGACGUGCUGAUUUCCUUAUCUGUCAUAUCUCAACUGAAUAUGCAUGCUCUGAAGUAGGAAAGAUAUUUGAUGGUGAGAAUGGAACCAAACUUCUGAAAGAGAGAGGUAAAAAAACACCAAAAAUGAUGAAAGACAUUUUUGAUAAUCUUUGCAUAGCCAUGGGUAUGAAAGAGGAAAAGAUAAGAAGACUACAAUCAAUAGGAUUUGUACAUGCUAAUCUGAUGGUAGCAUUGCUCAGAUUGGAUUCUCCAGAAGGAUAUAUUUGCCGGGUGAGUCGAACAAAAAUGUUUGGCAUUCCUGCCAAAGUUGAUGAAUUUGGCUUCAAAGCAAUUCAUGUUAUUAUGUUAGCCUGGAAAGCAAAAAUGGUUGUAAGAAAUAUGAUUGAUCUUGUGAAGCAAAAUGAUGCAACAGAAUUUGAUGAAGAAAAAGAGCUGAAGGAGUUGCAAAAUGGUUGUGAAUCUCUCCAACAUCUGCUACAUUUACCACCAGAUGAUAGUCAAACACCACCACUUCCUUCUCCAAAGCAAGAUACAGCAUAUUUGACACAUUGCUCUAACACUCCUCAGAAGAGAAUUAGAAUUACAAAUGAAAGGUGA